AUGGCAUCGGACCUCGACCAGCUCAUUGAAAUGGGCUUCGACAAAGAGCGCGCCCAGCUCGCAGUGACGAAGACUGGCGGCUUACAAGGCGCACUACAGUGGCUUGAAGAUAACCAAGACAAGUCGUUGGAGGAGAUCCAGGCACAAUCUCAACCGGUAGACGACGAGGAAAGCCCCGCACUUCAACCAGGCGAACAACCACGCAGCUUGGUAUGCAAUGAUUGUGGCAAGAAGUUCCGAGGCCAGUCACAGGCCGAGUUUCACGCAUCGAAGUCUGGACACGUGGACUUCGCAGAGUCCACAGAGGAGAUUGCUCCGUUGACCGAUGAGCAGAAGAAGGAAAGACUGGCAGAGCUGCGGGAGAAGCUUGCGGCGAAGCGUGCAGGGCUAUCAGAACAAGAUAAGAUCGACAAGAAGAGGAAUGAACCCAGAAAAGAGAAGGAGAAGCAAGAUGAGAUCGAGGCGAAGAAGCGCAUUAAGGCGAAGAUCGAGGCCGACAAAGAGGAACGCCGAUUGAAAGCAGAGCAGCAGCGAGCGGAGCGUGCUGGUUUGGCUCCUCCUCAACCUGUCACUGCUCCAGUCCCCACCUCAUCUGGUCCCACCACUUCCAAGCCUGCUUCCGCUUAUACCGAGACACGUUUGCGAUUCCAGUCAGCUCAGGGUAACAUCAUGAAGACGCUGCCCGUUGAAACCACGUUGUUUGAGGUUGCCGCUGCUUUGAGGUCACAGGAUGGGAUCGAAGUUGAGAGCUUCAUGCAGAAUUUCCCCAGAAAGGUGUUCAACAGUGAGUUCUUUGGGGAGACUUUGAAGGAACUGGGACUUGUGCCCAGCGCCAGUCUCGUCAUUCAAUGA